AUGUCAUCUACUACUACUUGUAAGAAUACUAUGAAAGUGACUUUAAUCGGUGCUUCCGGUGCCAUUGGUAUGCCUCUUUCAUUGUUGUUGAAGUUGAACCCUCUGAUCACGGAGUUGGCUCUUUAUGAUGUCCAUCAGGCUCGUAUACCCGUUCCUGGUAUUGCUGCUGAUAAUUCUCAUAUCAACACUCCGGCUAAGGUGAGAGGAUAUGUCGAUGCUGAGCAUCUCCCUGAGGCUGUCACUGGAAGCAACGUCAUCAUUGUAUGUGCUGGUAUUGCUCAAAAACCCGGUAUGUCUCGUGAGGAUCUCUUUGGUGUUGAUGCCGGUAUAAUGCGUGACAUCGCAACAACUUGUGCUAAAUAUGCCCCGAAUGCUAUGAUGUGCAUCAUGUCGAAUCCCGAGACUUCACUCGUUCCUCUCACUGCUGAGAUCUAUAAGAAGGCCGGAGUCUAUGACCGUAAGAAGCUCCUCGGCAUCACAACUCUCGAUGUGACUCGUGCUCGAACCUUCUAUGCAGAAGCUACUGGUCUUGAUGUUGAGAAGGUUCAUGUUCCUGUUGUCGGUGGUCACGGUGGCUGUGCUAUUCUUGCUCUCUUCUCGCAUGCUACACCUUUUGUAAAGUUGGAUGAGAACACCAUCAAGGCUUUGGAUGAACAUGUCCAGACUGCUGUCACUGAAGUCGUCGAUGCUCUCGCUGGUGCAGGUUCGGCCUCUCUGUCUAUGGCAUACUCUGCUGCUGAGUUCAUCGAUACU